AUGGCAGGAGUCCUUCUUACUGGCGGCAACGGAUUCCUUGCCAGCCAUAUUCUCGAUCUCCUCUUGGCGCAAGGACGCUCAGUAGUGACUACCGCACGCAAUGAGGAGAAGGCCGACCAGAUCUAUAAACUUCAUCCAGAUCUAUCUCCCAAUCAGCUUAGGGUUAUUGUCAUCCAAGAGUUUACAAGUCCCGGUGCUUUUGAUAAAUGCUUCGAAUGGGACACACAGUUUGAUGUGGUCAUACAUACCGCGUCUCCAUUUCGCUACGCAGUAACUGAUAUUAAGCGGGAACUUUUGGACCCAGCUAUUACCGGAACCACCCUGUUAUUGAAAACGAUUCAAGACAAAGCACCCUCGGUGAAAAAAGUGAUUAUUACGUCUUCUUUUGCGUCAAUCCUCAAUAGCUAUAAAGAAAACAGCUGCCCUGAGCAUGUCUAUUCUGAAGAUAAUUGGAAUCCGCUCACCAUGGAUGACGCUUACUUGAAUCCACUCAACGGAUAUAGAGCAAGCAAAACUUUUGCCGAGCGAGCAGCUUGGGAGUUUAUGAAAACAAGGAGGCCAACCUUCUCGCUUGUUACAAUGUGUCCUACAUUGAUGUUUGGCCCAGUAGUACAUCCACCGCCUACUCUUGAUAAGCUCAACACGUCGAACCAGAGGGUCCGAAAUUUUAUAGCCGGCGACUACAAAGUUGAGAUUCCAGAUACUGGGGCCUCCUUCUUCCUCUGGAUUGACGUUCGUGACGCCGCCUUAGCCCAUGUAAAGGCGAUGGAUGCUUCAAAAUGCGAAAAUAAGAGAUUCUUAUUGACCGCUGGAUAUUUCUCAAAUAAGGAGAUCUGUGAAGUGAUCAGAGAGUUUUGUCCGGAAUAUGAGGAGCGUCUCCCCGAAAAGAACAUUGAGAGUGGGGGUUAUCCGAAACGAGGGCUAUAUGGUUUUGACAACUCGCGAGCAAGCAAGGAGCUCGGCUUAACCUAUCGUACUCUCACUGAGAGUAUCACUGACACUGUGGUAUCGUUGCAAAAGCUACAAAAACAGUAUCAGGAGCUGUGA